UAAGCAUAACCCUCUGAGUAAACUGUGCGCUAAUAAACGCUGGAUUCUUCCAUUAAAGACCCAGUUUGGGAUUGGGGAGGAUGAGACAGAAGCCUUCAGCGGUUUGUGCUGUGGUAAUAUCGUGUGCUAUUUUUUCACCAGCGGAAAUCAGUUUGAUUGUUGCUCGAGAGCAGAUCGCGCCGAGAAGCCGCAGCGGAGAUGCUGGCGCUGUUCUCUCCUCCGCGCGUCGUGCUCGCGUUCCUGCCGUGAACAUCACGGGUUUAAUGCUAUGAAACCUCCGUCCUGACAGCAUUUAUUCACUCUGUGCCUCGGUGCCGAAAUGCAGGAGCGGAUGAAGAGCCACGGAGCGGCGGCGCUGCUGACACUGUGCGCGAUCCUCGAGUGCAUAGAAGCCAAGAAGUAUUGCUGGUAUUUUGAAGGAGGAUACCCCAUCUAUUUCAUAUGCCGCUCGUACGAGGACUGCUGUGGGACGCGCUGCUGCGUCAGAGCCCUGUCCAUCCAGAGGCUCUGGUACUUCUGGCUGCUGCUGAUGAUGGGCGUGCUCUUCUGCUGCGGCGCAGGCUUCUUCAUUCGCCGGCGGAUGUAUCCGUCUCCGCUCAGCGAGGAGCCCGCCUUUAAUGUGUCCUUCACCAGACAGCCGGUCAGCACGCCAGUUUCCCAACAACCGGGCAUGCAAGGCUACGCUGACCCCUGCGGUGCCAUGACAACGACCCUGGCCCCUGCCUACCCCGGUCAGACCGCUCCAGCACACUUGGUGAGCUCGUACCCUCCGCCGCCCUCCUACUGCAAUCACCCGCCGCCCUCGUACGAGCAGGUCUUCAAGAGCGCCGAGAAGAAGAACCACAGCGAACCGUCACAGUGAGCGCAAAACGCCCCGCGGCCUUGAAGACGCUCUCAAGAAACGGUUCUUUUUUAUUUGCUUGUUUUCAGGACGGCUCUUUCUUGCCUGUUCCCAGUUGUAUUGUUUCAUAGAAGCGCUAUGGAGGGGCAACAAAGAGAACGCGUCCUGAUGGGAUGUGGGAUUUCAAACGAAAGAAGAAAUGGACUUUUCUACCCGACAGAGCUUUGAAGAACCUGUCAGGAUGUGAAGAUUUCUUUGAAAAGCGUGUAUUCCGCGAGAGGUCGUGUCGGGCUGAAGCGGACCUCGGUCGCAAUGAUCUGAGGUGGAAGCGACCCUUGACCUUCAGGAGAGCAGGUGCUCCCAAAUUAGCCAUGGAAGCCAACACAUGACAUCAAUCCCGUCGCCCAAUCUUAAGACCCCAAAAAGCAGGGAGUCGCGUACUGUAGACAUUGAUUCAUGCGUUUUAGUCUAGCGGGAAACUGCUUUGUUCCAAUCUAAAUGGUUUAAUGGGUCAAGAAUCUCUUUUAUGGGUAGAAAUUUGAAAUAGAUGAUGAACUCACAUGGAGUGAGUCUAUUGAAGCCAUGUUAACCGUUCACAGAGGGCGAAAGGGAAAUCUGUUCACAUCGUUUCUGCUUCAUUACACCCAUAGUGCCCUGUUUUUGUGGAUGGGCUGGGAAAUUGCAAAGGCUCAUUUUAGGUUAAACGUCUCGUUUUGUUAGGGAGAGUUCACUGGCCCUCUGUGAGAUCCUCGUCAGUUUAUCUGUGCCGAUUAAUUAUUGUCAUUGAAAUAUGUGCAGAUGAACGACAAGGCUUUACCCCAAUGAGAACUAUAUCUGAAGUUUAUAGUGUUAUUUGGAGGGAAUGAUGCUUGAAAACAGCUCUGGUCAGGAUCAGUCCAAUUAGUUUGAAGUUCCCUCUUCAUUAGCAUGUAAAAGAGAUCAAAUGUGAGGCCACAUUUAUGAUGAUGACGGUACUUUUACAUUACAUUCAUGCAUUUAGCAGACACUUUAUACAAAGUGACUUACAAAAGUAAUUCUUCAAAAGCCAACAAUAUCUGUAAUACACAAUGCUAGGUUUAUUUGACAACUAGAUUAGGA